CGAUUUGCAGUAGUUCUUGGUGUAAUCAUUGAUAAAUUCCAGGUUCUGAACAAGCCGACGCCAUAAACGAUUCUUGCGUCUCAAUGCCUCAUGAUCCUUCUCAACAGUCAACUCUUUCACUAAUUCUUAAUCAAAUCCUUCGUUCGUCUGCAUUUGUUAUCACGUUCCCAUCAGCUCGUUUGCAAUUUUUACCUUCAUUCCCAAGCCAUUAACUCUCCUCACCAACUUUGACCCCAACCCUAGCACCUCCCCGGGAUUUUUUUUUUUUAAAAGUAGAAUUUUUGUUUUUUCCCCUCUUCAGAUCUCUGAUUCUCACUUCAUUUUCUAUCUCCCAUGGUAUUUCCUAGAAAUUGCGUUACGUCUCUCAAUUCUCUUUAUAAAUUUUCGCACAAUAGUUCGGUGAAGAAGUUCGGCCAUUUUCUCGGAUUCUAUGCUUCGCAGGCCCGAUAGAUAGAUGUGACUUUCGGAGGGAUCUGGGAACCCCGAAGGACGCGUAGAAGGCGAUGUUUGGGGCCAUACAGUUGGGUUUGUUCGCGGCGUGUGUGGUGCUUUUUGUGCCGAUGGGUAUGGCAGGCUGGCAUUUGAGCCGAAACAAGAUGCUCUUCUUCAGCGGCGCCCUGUUCAUCACUCUCGCCGUCGGUGUUCACCUUACUCCUUAUUUUCCUUCAGUUUCUGAUUUCGUCACUUCUGUGUCUUCUAUCGUUGUUUUGGACGAUCGCGAUUCUUGCUUUUCUUUGCUGCACGAAAUUGAUUGGGAAGUGAGGGCUAGCAGCAACUAUGAUCCUUUGAAUAAUAAUUCUGUAAAUUACGACAAGUCUUGGUAUUGGAGGCGAUCUAGUUCAGUUGAUUCUUGUGAGUUUCAGAAGUUGAAUCGGCCCGAUGUUGCGGAUUUGCUUAAUGGGUCGUGGGUCAUGGUGGCGGGUGAUUCCCAAUCGCGGUUCUUCGCGCUUUCGUUGCUAAGUUUGGUUUUGGAUUCACAGCAAAUGGAAUCGGCUCGAACAUCGUUGUUUAGGAGGCAUAGCAAUUAUCAGAUCGUCGUUAGUGAGAUUGGGAUGAAAUUGGAUUUCAUAUGGGCACCUUAUACAAGCAAUUUAACUGAUUUGGUAAUGGGUUUACGUGAAAGUCGCAAUUACCCUGAUGUUUUGGUAAUGGGUUCCGGUCUAUGGGAUAUGCUUCACAUAACAAAUGCUUCAGAUUAUGGCAUCUCGCUACAAUUGCUAAGGAGCUCGAUAACGUCACUUUUGCCUACCUCCCCAGAAUUUGGCACGGAGGGAUCGACAACAGGUUCUGUGUCGGCUAGAUCAUCACACUUGUUUUGGCUUGGCUUGCCGACUUUGAUUAACUCCAUGUUGAAUACAGAGGAGAAGAGGGAGAAGAUGACAGAUGUUAUGAGAGUUUCGUAUGAGAGAGAACUUAAAAAAAGCCAGAUUUUACAGCAGUUUGGUGGUCCCUUUCAACUACUAGAUAUAGGAUCACUGAGUUGGAAUUGUGGGAUCCGAUGCACAGAUGAUGGGAUGCAUUAUGAUGGAGCUCUCUAUGAAGCAGCGGUUCAUAUUUUGCUGAAUGCAUUGCUAAUUGUAUCUCAUCAGAAGCUCUGAAGCAUUGGUUUUCUGCUAGAGGCACCCAGCUCCCUUCAAGGGAUAUACGGUAGGAUAACAAUUUUGAUUGUUAGAGGUUGAAUUUUCUGUCCUAGCUUGAUCUUUGUCUGAUGUUAUUGUAUAUUUCUAAUUUUUGUCCUGGGGCCAUAGAAUUAAUUAGGUUAGAGUUGCUAUUGUUGCAAAUCACAUGUCACAUUCUUUUUGUUUCUUUGUAUUGCUCCUCUGGACGCUAACAGAUCAUGUAGUCUACAGUUACAUAAGCUGGUAGUAUAAUUUCACAUCAAAUUCUCAUGUCGAGAAAUCUUAAAUUUCUGUAUACACAGUUGAUAUAUGCUUUCCUUUAAAAUAAACAUCCAUUUCUAGUGGUUUA